GCCAUCCGUCGCGGUGGUAAGCGAACAUUCGCUCUUAUCCCGAAAAUGGGGCUCUUACUUAAGAUACUCAUUUUCUUAAGCUUAGUGAAUUACGCGUUCGCCGAGAUACCAUGCCCGGCUAAAUGCCAGUGCAUCCGGAACGCGGUCCGAUGUCUCCACCAGGACUUGCAGGCAGUUCCGAAAACACCGACGGACGCGCAUACACUGGACGCACGUUUCAACAAGAUCUUCGACAUAGCUCCAGGUGUAUUUAGUCAUCUGCAUCGUCUACGGUCGUUGCUGUUAAAUGACAAUCAACUGCGUGAGCUUCGUACUGGAUCUUUCCAUGGAUUGCGUCGCCUGAAGUACCUCUACUUGUAUCGUAAUCGCAUUCAACACAUCGACUCCGACGUAUUCCAAGGAAUGGUUCAUCUGGAACAGCUGUACCUUCACGUCAAUGAAAUACAUCAAGUCGAACCAGAAACGUUUUCCAACCUACCACGAUUGGAAAGAUUGUAUUUGCAUAACAACAACUUGAGGAAAAUUCCACCUGGUUCAUUCCGUGGUCUGACAAGUCUGCGCAAACUUCGUCUAGACAGCAAUGCUCUAAUCUGUGAUUGUUCAAUGCUGUGGUUCGUACGCAUGUUGGUUGAACAUAGUGACAUGGACAUCGCUGCGACGUGCUAUGAACCAGCAACUGUCACGGGGACUUCGUUAUCCUCCAUGAAGGAAGAAGACUUUAACUGCCAAAAACCUGCCAUUAUGAAAGAUCCCCAGGACGCAGUCGUUAACUUUGGCGAUAAUGCAGUAUUCACUUGCGUAGUCGCUGGAGAGCCACAACCAGAAAUAGUUUGGCUACGUGAUUCAGUCACCGUUCCAUUAGAUACCCAUCGUUAUGAAGUAAUGAAUAAUGGCACGCUGAUGGUACAUGCAGCGGAUGAAAAUGACGUUGGAAUCUUUGAAUGCACGGCUAAAAAUCCUGCCGGAGAAGUCAAAUCAAAGCCAGCCAGGAUGAUAGUUCAAACUAAAGCUGAUGAAAAUGGUCACCCAGUUUUCACAAUUUUACCUCGCGACAAAAUUGCCAGACUUGAUGACAAUGUAAAGUUUGAUUGUGUAGCGACUGGUAAUCCUACACCUCACAUAGCUUGGUUCUAUAAUAAGGGAAGAAUUUUACUAUCAGAUCGCAUUACAAUGAGGCACAAUGGCUCUAUGGUUAUUGAAAGAAUACAACAUACUGACGCUGGGAUAUACACUUGUGAAGCAGAAAAUUUGAAUGGUCGUAUAACAGCACAAGCUAAAUUGGAUGUUAUGGUUGCACCAGCUUUUGUUGUCGUGCCAAAAGAUGAAGUUAUAACUAUUGGGGAAACAGCGGAAUUCAGAUGUACGGCUCGUGGCGUACCAAAACCGGUCAUAACUUGGUACAGAAAUACAAUGGCUUUGUCUGAAAAUGAAAAUAUCGUUAUCUCCGAUGACAAUCAAAACUUAACAAUCAUUCAGGUGUCAAAUGAUGAUGAUGGAUUAUACCAUUGCAGAGCUGAAAAUUCUGAAGGACUAACAGAAAUUUCUGCGAUUCUUAAGGUAGAAAAAGCGCAGAUUAUAGCACCAAAAAUUAUACUUAGACCGGAAGACACAGAUGCAUUUAAACAGACAUCAGUUCAAAUGCCCUGUGAAGUUGAGAGUGAACCGCCUGCAUUAAUUGAAUGGAGGAAGGAUGGCACGCAUAUUGAACCAAAUGACAGAAUAUCAAUUUCCAUAAUAGGGAGCCUAAUAAUUAAUAACGUUACGACUACAGAUACUGGCCGUUACGAAUGUUCAGCUUUCAACGAAUAUGGGCGUGACACAGUCUCAGCAUUUUUAACUGUUAAAGAUCAUGUUUUACCUGGGGAUGAAUAUGUGAACAUAGCUUUGACAGAAGCUACACGGGAUAUCGACCAAGCUAUUGCUAAAACAAUGGAACAAUUAUUUAAAUCUAAUAAAUCCAAUGCCAGUAUUAGUGAUCUAUACAGAGUAACUAGAUUUCCAAAUGCUCCAGCUAGAGCUGUUGCGCGACCUGCUGAAAUAUACGAACGUGCAUUAGACAAAGUUAAAGAAUUCAUUCAAUCGGGUUUAAAGGUAACUUCUGUAGAGCCAUUUAACUACGAACAAAUCUUGUCUGGAGAACAUUUAGAGUUGAUUGCAAAGCUUUCUGGUUGUGUUGCCCACAGAGAGGAAUACAAAUGUUUGGACAUGUGCUUUCAUAUGAAAUAUCGUAGUAUCGACGGUAGCUGCAACAACUUAGCUCAUCCUACUUGGGGCUCAUCGCUUACUGCGUUUAGAAGAAUUCUUUACCCUGUAUAUGAAAAUGGUUUCAGUCAACCAGUGGGUUGGAAUAAAAAUACAAAAUACAAUGGCUACAAAUUGCCCAGUUCACGACUAGUGUCGACCACUAUAAUAACAACGAAAAAAAUUACUGAAGAUAUCCAGAUAACACACAUGGUAAUGCAGUGGGGCCAAUGGUUGGAUCACGACUUAGACCAUUCCCUGCCCUCGGUGAGUUCGCAAACAUGGGAUGGCGUAGAUUGCAAAAAAACGUGUGACUAUGCAGCACCAUGCUUCCCAAUUGACGUACCAGAAGACGAUCCUCGAAUAACAAACCGUAGAUGCAUUGAUUUCAUUAGAACAAGUUCAGUUUGUGGUUCGGGAAUGACGUCUGUGCUUUUCGGAAAACUGCAACCUCGGGAGCAAAUAAAUCAACUUACUUCAUAUAUUGACGGUUCACAAGUGUACGGUUUUGAAAAAGCAGUCGCUGAUGACCUACGAGACUACUCCAACGAUAGUGGGUUAUUGCGUGUAGGGGCUACUUUCCCAGGAAAAAAACCCUUAUUGCCUACAAUUGGAUUGAAUAGCAUGGACUGUAAGCGCAAUCUGGAAGAAAGUAAUCGCAAUUGCUUUGUCGCAGGGGAUGUCAGAGCGAAUGAACAAAUUGGUCUUGCUGCUAUGCAUACAAUUUGGAUGCGUGAACACAAUAGAGUUGCUACGCAAUUAAAAACUAUUAACCCCUUCUGGGAUGGUGAUAAGGUUUACCAAGAAGCGCGUAAAGUGGUUGGUUCCGAGAUACAACAUAUAACUUAUCAACACUGGUUGCCUUUGAUCCUUGGUCCGGAAGGAUAUAAACAAAUUGGAGAAUAUAAAGGAUAUGACGCUAAAAUAAAUCCAUCUGUUUCGAAUGUUUUCGCUACCGCAGCUCUAAGAUUCGGUCAUUCACUAAUUAAUCCCAUUCUACAUCGCUACGACGAAAAUUUUGAACCGAUAGCCCAAGGCCACUUACUCUUACGUAAUGCUUUCUUCGCACCUUGGAGACUUGUCGAUGAGGGUGGAGUAGAUCCGUUGCUGAGGGGAAUGUUUACAACACCAGCGAAACUCAAAACCCCUACCCAAAAUUUGAAUUCUGAACUAACAGAACAACUGUUUCAUACUGCCCAUGCCGUGGCUUUAGAUCUUGCUGCGAUCAACAUUCAUAGAGGCCGUGAUCAUGCUUUGCCACCGUAUACUAAAUGGCGUGAUUUCUGCAAUAUGUCCGAAGUGAACGAUUUUGACGAUUUGGCCGGUGAAAUAUCAAGUAAAAAUGUUAGAGAUAAACUGAAAGAACUUUAUGGCUCGGUUCAUAACGUUGAUGUAUGGGUAGGAGGGAUAUUGGAAGACCAAGUAGAAGGAGGAAAAAUUGGACCAUUGUUUAGAUGUAUUUUGGUGGAACAAUUCAAACGUCUUAGGGAUGGCGACAGGUUUUGGUACGAAAAUCCUACUACUUUUAAGAAGGAACAAUUAGCACAAAUCAAAGAAACUAGUCUGGCGAGGAUAUUAUGCGAUAACGGUGACAAUAUUGAUACUAUAGGUGAAAAUGUAUUCCUGCUCCCAGAAGUUCAGGAUGGGCUUAUUUCUUGCGACGAUAUACCUUCUAUAGAUUUACGUUAUUGGGCUGACUGUGAUAGUUGCGGCGACGAUGAAGAAGUUAAAAAAAGUCGAUUCCGCAGGGAUGCUACUCCAGAUCACGAUAUUUACACCCAACUUGAUGAUUAUGAAGAACGCGUUAAACACCUUGAAGAUCUCCAACGAAAAAUGGUCAAAGUAUUAAACGUAUUAAAACACCGUGUCAAAUAUUUAGAGGAAACUUAUGGAGCCACCUAAAUCUAAGAAAUAUAAUUUAGACAAAUUAUGCAUUCGAAAUGACUCGGCAACUCUUAAGGACUUAUUAAUGUUACUCAUUAGGUAUUACCCAUAUAUAACAUUUAUUGUAGUACGUAAGUUCUUUUCUAUGCGGUCCAAUUAUACAAGAAUUUAUUUUUACUCUUUUAUAUCCUCUUCCAUAUAUUUUCAUCUUUCCCUUACGACUGCUUCU